AGAAGACCAAAAGACAAAGCCACCAACCCCCACCAACUCUAUUUCCUCCUCCUUUUAAACCUACCUCUCAUUCAUUUCUCUUCUGCUUCGACGAUCAUCAUGGCGUCUUCUCUCACAUCCAAAUCCCUUCUCGGAUCCACCAAACCCGGUUCUUCUUCUCUCUCUCCGGAGCUCCGUCGUCUCUCGUCUCCCGCCGUUCAGAUCUCAAUCCGAACCCAAACCAAGAAGAAACUCCAGAUACAAGCUACUGGGAGCUCAUACGGUACUCAUUUUCGGGUUUCCACCUUUGGAGAAUCACAUGGAGGAGGUGUUGGUUGUAUAAUCGAUGGUUGUCCUCCUCGGAUUCCACUCUCUGAAUCUGAUUUGCAAUUCGAUCUUGAUAGGAGGAGGCCCGGUCAGAGCCGGAUCACGACUCCUAGAAAAGAGACUGAUACUUGCCGGAUAUCUUCUGGAGUCUCCGAAGGAAUGACCACAGGAACACCUAUCCAUGUGUUUGUGCCUAACACAGAUCAGAGAGGACUUGAUUACAGUGAAAUGUCGGUUGCCUAUAGGCCAUCUCAUGCAGAUGCAACUUAUGACAUGAAGUAUGGUGUCAGAUCAGUACAGGGUGGUGGAAGAUCUUCGGCAAGAGAGACCAUUGGAAGAGUUGCUCCUGGAGCUUUGGCCAAGAAAAUUUUGAAGCAAUUUGCAGGAACUGAGAUUCUUGCCUAUGUCUCUCAAGUCCACCAGGUUGUACUUCCAGAGGAUUUAGUAGACCACGAGAAUUUGACGCUUGAACAGAUAGAAAACAACAUCGUCAGGUGCCCUAAUCCCGAGUAUGCUGAAAAGAUGAUAGCUGCUAUUGAUGCUGUGAGGACUAAAGGGAACUCUGUUGGUGGUGUUGUGACCUGCAUCGUUAGGAAUGCUCCACGUGGGCUUGGAACACCGGUUUUCGAUAAACUUGAAGCAGAACUUGCAAAAGCUUGUAUGUCGUUACCUGCAACAAAGGGUUUUGAGUUUGGAAGUGGCUUCUCAGGUACGUUCUUGACUGGUCUUGAACACAAUGAUGAGUUCUAUACUGAUGAAAACGGAAGAAUCCGGACAAAAACAAACCGGUCCGGUGGAAUUCAGGGAGGGAUAUCAAAUGGUGAGAUAAUAAACAUGAGAGUAGCCUUCAAGCCAACAUCUACAAUUGGAAGGAAGCAAAAUACUGUAACCAGAGAUAAGAAAGAAACUGAGAUGAUUGCACGUGGACGUCAUGAUCCUUGUGUUGUUCCACGAGCUGUGCCAAUGGUGGAAGCAAUGGUGGCUUUAGUUCUUGUGGACCAGUUGAUGGGCCAAUAUGCACAGUGCCAUUUGUUCCCGAUAAACCCAGAGCUGCAGGAGCCUCUUCGGACAGCUUCUCCUGUCGGGCUCGAGCAGCCGCAAAAUGCUGCUGCUUUGUAAGCAAAACUCGAGAAGAUAAAGUGAGAGAAGCUUGGUUUUUGUUGUGUGAUUAUCUUGAAUAAAAACAUUUAAAUUUUUGUAAGAUUAUGAUCUAUUCUAUUUCUGUAUCCUGCUUUUCAUUCUGUUAUAUCAAUCAAAACUAUUUUCUACGGUA